AAUUGGGGAUUUUGGAUUAGCGAGAAAUAAUAACUACAGUAUCCUUUUCCAUAUUUUUAAAAAUGAAGAGGAAAAAUCGUUUAAAUGUUUUAGUUAUAUCAACCCUAAAUUAUUAAGGUUUGCAGAAAAGUUCGCGCUCAAAUCCUAUUCAUAAAUAUUUGAUAAUAUUUUGCUCAAGCACUAUGGCAACCAAAUAAGGCCGUCCUUGGUGAUCGCCAGCGUUGCAUGAAGGACGAGGCAGGAUUCAUGUAGAAGAAGCACGCAGACACGAGUCUAUAAAAUUGACAACUUUCAGCUUCGAUUAAUUCGUGAAGAGGGUAUAUAUCAACCAUGGUUAAUACUGGACUUGCUUCACUUUAUGUCGUGCUGGCCAUUUUUGUGCGCAAGAAUUUGUCACUGAUUGAUGAUUGUUAUGGCACCAAGACCCUGAGAGCCUACUCAACAGACAAUUUCGUGACUUCACGUUACUACCCAUCCAAUUACCCUUAUAGCAGUACUUGCUAUGUAAAAUUCGAGGCCUAUUCAUAUGCCUAUGAAGUCCGUCUCUCCUUUGACUCUUUCAGCCUUCAAUCUGCAUCUAGCAAUGGUGUUUGCUAUGACUAUGUGAAAAUCUACGAUGGUAGUUCUACUUAUAGUACCCUGCUGGGCACAUUCUGUGGCUCCAAUAUCCCACCAGUUAUUGUGUCUUCUGGAAGAUAUCUGUAUUUGAAGUUUUACAGCGGCUCAUAUACCACCAGUACUGGUUUCCAAAUUAGAUUCAAGCAGAUUUACUCCUAUCCUUCUUCUACAACCUGCACGACCACAAACUCCUUCUCAAAAAACAACAAUUUGCAACUGUAUGCUACCAGCUACAGCAAAUAUCUAAACAGUCCAAGUUGGCCCUUAUCCUAUCCAAACAGUAUGCAGUGCACAUGGGUGAUCUCUGCGCCCUCUUCAUACUACAUCAAGAUAACUUCAGUCUCCAAGUCUAUGGAGUAUGAUUUUGGCUGUGAUAAUGACUACAUCAGAGUGAGAAAUGGUAACAGUGCAAGCAGUGGGUUAAUUGGUGACUACUGCGGCUCCUCAUCCAUGUCAGUCCAAUCCACCGGCAGCUACAUGUGGAUUCGAUUUCGCUCCAACCAAGGCGCCAACAUAUACACAGGCUUUCAAAUCAAGUACAUAGCAGUAAAAAAAUCAACUUCUAGCAGCUCACUGACUGGCAUAAUUGUUGGGGUGCUGGUGGCAAUUGGUGUUGUUGUGGGAAUCGUAGUGGCAGCCAUUUGUUGCUGCAAGAAAACAGGCCGACCAGGUGCUGUUGCUGUUCCGAUGGCUACUACCACAGUCACAACAGUUACCAAUGGACCCCCACUUCAACAGCGCCAGCAGCACCCUCCACCAGGGCAUCCUCCGAUGGGUGGUGGAUACCCAGGGCAGCAACCAGGUGGACCUCCACCAUCCUACGACAGCACCAUGCAACAAGGUGGGUCCUAUCCACCUGGACAACAACCCUACCCUGGACAGCAAGCCUACCAAGGACAACCUGGUGCCUACCCCCAAGGACAGCCUUACCCCGGACAGUCAUACCCUCAGGGCCAGGAGCCUUAUCCAGAGAAGGGUGGGUACCCACCAGCAGGGGUGGGGCAGCAUUCUGGUCCAUACCCAGGUCAGCCCGGAAUGGUGGGCCCUCCACCAAUGGGAGGUCCACCACCUAUGGGAGGUCCACCUGGAGGAUACCCUCCACCUCCUCCUCCACCAGGUGCUGGCGACCCUGCAUAUCCUCCGCCUGUUUCUAUGUAACUAGGGGACCGACCAUUAUCUGGCAGGUCAGUAAAAUUUCCAAAAUAACAAUGGACAAUCACUCCUUGGCUGAAAGGCAAAGUAAAUUCCAGAGAAAUAACAUCGAGCAAGUUUACUUGCCAUAAAAAAGUUUAAGCAGGAAACAGAUAUGUUACUUCCCAUUCAGACAUGAAAUGAUCGACCCUUAAGUCCGCUUUAGACAGAACAAUUUAGUCGUAUGCAAUUUGCCCACAACAUCUCUACAACUCGACUCAGAUAGUAGCCUACACCUACAAGUCUUCUACGAUGCUCGACGAGAAAAGUGAUGGUUUGUAAUUCAGGGCUAAGACAUAUUGUGCGCAGUUGGCAUACAGCUAAAUCGUGUUGUCUAAAUCUGACUUGUUUUGAUUCAAGUUUUAAAUUUGUAAAACUUUGAUGGACUUUUUUGGACUUUGAAUGUUUUUUUAAUGGCAGGAAGGGAAGUCGGUCUUUUAUGUAAAUACCAUUAAUAGCUUUUAACAAAUUAGUGUUCUCAUUCAAAGUGAGAUAUUACAAGUUUAAAUACUAAACUAGAGGGGUCUUUUAGCGAAAACGAGGAUGCCAAUCCAGCCACUACUUUCAGGCUGUUUAAAUUUGAAAAUAUAGACAGUCGACAAUUUGUGAGAAAACUUCAAAUUUCAUUCUUUCAGUUUGUUUCGAAGUUUUGUGACCUGGUUUGAGCGGGGACUUCGGUCGGCAGGAUUUUCCCUCCUUUAACAUGGAAAAAUUGGACUUUCCACUGAUCAAAACAACAAUGGAAUAGGUUGUGGGUGGGAGCAGUUGUCCCAAUGGUUACCUCUUGGGUUGUAUGUAUAUAUUUAUACACGUAAAGAAAAAUAAAGCUCUAAAUAAUUGUAUAUGAUCAAUAAGAAGAUAAGGGGUAUUCCACAUUAUCGCGCAGAAAAGAUAAUGGGUUUUAAGCCGGGACGCGAAGAAUAUCGUAAGAUGUUUAUCUGAUGGCGGCCUUAUGACAAGGGUGAUUGAUCCAGGCGGUGAAAGGUGACUGUUGAUGGCUCUGUCGUUGACAGGGUAUAUAAACACUUCUCUGCAAGCACCUUCUUUCUCUGGUCUGCUUUUUAGUUAAGCUAUGUUGUUGUUAAGGUGUGGCGUAAAUUCGCCCCACCAUUUCUCGGUUUUAAUUUCAAUUCGUGUGAUCUCUGAAACAUUUUGUAUACAUUUAUUAAUUAAUUGAGUGAUUACAAAUUAGAAAGCCACAAUUAUCCAAAACAAUCAGCCCUGUGUCACUUUAUACCGUGUUUACACUGCUCGCACGCUACGCUGCCUUGUGUUAGAUAUUCAUUACAAGUUCAUUAUUUGUUGAUUAGUACUUUGACCCCCGGCAAAAAAACAUUAUCAUGAUAUAUAGUAGUCUGCAAUAUAAAAGCUCUUUAAAGGACUAUGUCAAUAAUUGUUAUUAGUUUACUCAACUGAAGCUAGCCUAUGUGUGUUUCAUGCUACAGCGUGAAAAUGAUUGACAGACCCCUAGGCAUUCUAGAGGGGGGGGGGGGGGGGGUGUAGCAUGUUUUCGUCUUUGUAAUGUAUGUGUUAUCUUCUCCCAGCCAAAACCCUAGAAAAUCUAAUGGUUCGUGUAGGUAAAAGAUGUCCUGAAAGUGAUCGCUACCUCGAUGUCGAGAGAAAAUAUAUGAUACACAAGCACCUUAUAACCAAAACCAAAAAUAAUAAAAGUUUGAAUAAAUAAAGUAUGAAAAUGAUA